AUGAAAAAUUAUGAUGAUAAUGAAGAUGAUCUUGUUGAAAUGGAUUUCGCGUUACCAUCUGAUUUUGAGCUGUAUGGUUCUUGUAAUGGUAUUAUAUGCAUCUGGAAUCAUCAAAACAAUUGCUUCGGUUUUUGGAACCCGGACACCAUGGAAUACAAAGACGCACCUCGAUCACCAAAUAAAUAUAUGUACGUCGGACAUGACGUAUAUGCUUUUGGUUAUGAUGCCAAGAAUGAUGAUUAUAAGCUGGUGAAUAUGAUAGACCCUGAAGGAGUAUGUGAUGAAGACUGUAAUAACGGAGUAAAGGAUGGUCGUUGGUUCGUCGAAGUUUACACGUUGGGGACGGACACUUGGAAAAACAUUGAACCUAUCCCUUAUGUGUUUUAUAGAAAGGCAGUAUUUGGGGUGCUUGUCAAUGGAGCUCUUCAUUGGUGGGGCGACAAACGUGUCAAGGAGCAGUCUAACUCCACGGUUAUAGUUUCUUUGGAUAUCAGUGAUGAGAGAUUCCGAGAGAUGCAACUAGCUGAGGAAAUGUUGGGUGAUGACCGUUAUAUGGUGAGUAUAGGAGCAUUGGAAGGGCGCCUAUGUGUAUUCGUCCAUGUUGAUGAGACAUUUCAUGUCUGGGUAAUGCAAGAAUAUGGAGUUCAAGAAUCUUGGACAAAACUUUAUAACAUUAACUAUAGAGUGUUUACUUCUCCUUAUGAUAUUGUGAGGCUUGUGUGGUCUUUUAAGGAUGGUGAGAUUUUGCUUCAGAUUCUGGAUACAGAUGAUCUAGUUUUAUACGACCCUGUGAAUGGAAUGUUGGAGUGGUCAAGUGGGGACAAUAUCAGUGCUAUGCGGUCGGGUCCGGAAGUAGGGUCCGACGGUCAGUGA